AUGAAAUUGGGCGCCGGAUAUCCUAUGGGUCCUUUUGAACUGAUGGAUUAUGUCGGACUCGACACCAAUAAGUUUAUAGUUGACGCCUGGUCUGCGAGGGGUGACCCCAAUCUCACAAUAUAUAAGUCCAAACUCAUUGAAAGUAUGGUCGCGAAGGGAAAUUUGGGCAAAAAAUCGGGAAAAGGUUUCUACGAUUACUCUAAGAAAUAAUGGGAAUCUCUUCAUCUUUCUAAUUUUUUAUUGGAAU